AAACGGCAGCUUUUGUCUUUUAAAGUGAACGCUCUCUCUCUCUCUCUCUCUCUCUCCAUCUUUUUAGUUCCGCCUUCUCUCUCUUUGUUCUAUUAGACAGCCUCCUCCUUACAAAAGGACAAGAAAGCAGCGAAUUUUCGAAGAGGAAGAAAGAAGAAUGGCGGACCAACUCACCGACGACCAGAUCUCUGAGUUUAAGGAGGCCUUCAGCUUGUUCGACAAGGAUGGAGACGGUUGCAUCACUACCAAGGAGCUCGGGACUGUGAUGAGGUCACUGGGCCAGAACCCUACUGAAGCAGAGCUCCAGGACAUGAUUAAUGAGGUUGAUGCCGAUGGCAACGGAACCAUUGACUUCCCUGAGUUCCUAAACCUCAUGGCCAGGAAGAUGAAAGAUACCGACUCAGAGGAGGAGCUUAAAGAGGCAUUCCGGGUUUUUGACAAGGAUCAGAAUGGGUUCAUCUCUGCUGCUGAGCUGCGCCAUGUGAUGACCAAUCUUGGAGAAAAGCUCACCGACGAAGAAGUGGAUGAGAUGAUCAGGGAGGCUGAUGUUGAUGGUGAUGGCCAGAUAAACUACGAGGAGUUUGUCAAGGUGAUGAUGGCUAAGUGAUCAGUCUUGCCUCCACCAAAAACCCUAAUGAAAUCUAUCUGUUUCUACAAUCGAAAAAAAAAAAUGGAGAACAGGGUUGUCAGGUGGCCUCCUAUUUCCUUUAAUCUCAUUUUCAUCUGCCUUUACAGGGAAUAUAGUAGUAGUAUGUUCUGGUGGUAGUGGUGGAAGAAUAUUCUGUGGAAUAUUCUAUGUCUAUCCUUAAAGAUUGUCUUGUGACGGUGUCUUUGCAGUUUUAUUUAUUCCCUUUUUAUUUCUCUCUUUGUGUUGGCUUGUGAAUGUGAACCUGAUCUACCUGGACGAUUCAAUGUUCAAUGGAAUGACUUGUUAUAUUGGUACU